GGAGGUGGUGGCGGUGUCGCUGAUGCCCUUCGCCAUGUGUUUUCCCAUCAGGUGUUGUCCUUCUUGCUUCCCAUGUCCUAUUACCAGGAGGAUUUCUUCAGAGACUACCUCAAGAUGAUGGCGAAUAUGGUCAUCCUGAACUUGCUCAUUUGUAUUUCGUUAGCGUUCUGGAUCGUGUCCAUGACUGCAAGUACUUUACGACCCAUUUCUCCAUGGCGCUGGCUUUUUUCAGUCUUGGUCCCACUAAUUAUUGCUACACAGGGUUUUAAGAAGAAGAGCCUUGAUCACAGUGGUGCAUUGGGAGGGCUGGUGGUCGGAUUUAUCCUUACAGUCGCAAAUUACAGUUUCUUCUCUUCUUUGUUUGUAUUUUUUGUUACUUCUUCGAAACUUACUAAGUGGAGAAAAGAUUUAAAGAAGCAAAUAGAUUCAGAAUACAAAGAAGGUGGACAGAGGAAUUGGGUUCAGGUAUUCUGUAAUGGUGGUGUUCCAACUGAGCUGGCUCUCUUAUAUAUGAUAGAAAAUGGACCAGGUGAAAUUCCUAUUGACUUUUCAAAGGAAUACACAGCAUCAUGGAUGUGCUUAUCCCUUUUGGGAGCUUUGGCAUGCUCUGCUGGUGAUACAUGGGCUUCAGAGAUUGGUAGUGUUAUGAGUAAAAGCAAACCAAGAUUGAUAACAACCUGGGAACAGGUUCCAGUAGGUACUAAUGGAGCAGUUACUUCAGUGGGCCUGAUCUCAAGUUUGCUUGGAGGUAUGACAGUAGGUAUAGCCUACUUUAUAACUCAACUUGUUUUUGUGACUGAUCUGGAAAUAUCUGCUCCACAAUGGCCCAUUAUUGUGUUUGGUGCAGCAGCUGGCCUGCUGGGAUCAAUUGUUGAUUCAUAUUUGGGAGCUACUAUGCAAUACAGUGGUUUUGACCAGACAAUUGGCAUGGUUGUUAACCAUGAAACAAAAGACUCCAAACACAUAUCUGGGAAACCUAUAUUGGACAACAAUGCCGUAAAUCUUUUUUCUUCUGUAAUCAUUGCUCUGGUGCUUCCAGGCACAGCGUGGUUUUUCUGGCCAAGGGGUUGAAAUGGUUUAGGCUUUUCUGCAUCCAAUUAAUUUAUGUUCAGUCUUGCUCAGAGACUCCAAAGAGUUCCAGUUGAACUCUCUUCUAAGAGAUGGAUCUGAAACAUUCAGGAAGCUGAAGGAUUUUCCAUCUCAAGUUGUUAAGGCUGUAAACCUCAUGUGACAAUCAGCAUCUCUUGGGAAGGUGCUUUGUCAAUAAUAUUUUUGCUGCUCC